GAAAUAGUGUAAAAAAAUAUAUAUUUAAUUAUUAGAAAUAAUUAAUUACAUAAAAUCAUCACAUAAAGUCUUCGAUGGAAUUUUAAAACAUAAAUGUAUUUAAUAAGAUCAGAUGAAGAACUUUGCAACUUUUCCUCCACCUAAAAAAUCAAAAAUAAAACCAAAGUGAAAAAAAAAAUUUUAAAUCGAAAAGUUUUUAUUUUUAUUUUUUGCUCAUUUUCAUAACUUUCACCUCUGCCAUUAAAUACCAUUUGGUAAAUUCUUUUUUUUUUUUUUUUCAAAAUAAAACACCAACUUUACCAAAUAAUCAGAAAAAGAGAGGAAGCAAGAAAAAAAAGGCGAAAUUUCAUAGCUAUUUUCAAGAAAAUUGUUUUUCAAAAUUUUAAAUAAAAAAAAAAAACCCUAAAAUCUAAUUCGGAUAGCUCUACAAAAAAAACAAAACAAAAGGAUAUGAAACAUAAAAAUAAAUUUAAUAACAGUAAUAAUAAUAAUAAUAAAAAAAAAAAAAAAUACGAAAAAAUUUAUAAAUUUUAAAUGAGUUUCUUGCAUGCUUAUUGUAAUAAUAACGACGACGUUUCGGUUUUAACAAAAUGCAGAAUAUUGCAUCGGUAGCUAAAUUGGCAAUUCAAAUUUUAAGUGUAUUGCUAUUAGCAACAAUAAUGGGUAAUAAAAAUCGUAAUAAUAAUAAUAGUAAUAAUAAUAAUAGAAAUCAAUAUAAUAAUAAUUAUAGUAACGGUAAUAGUAAUAAUAAUAAUAAUUAUAACAGUUAUAAUAUAUAUAUAAUAGCUAUGGCAUUACCAAUUACAACAAAUGAUGAUGAUAUCAGUUAUAAAGAUAAUGCUGAUAUAUUAAUAUUUUCAGAUAGUAGUAGUAGUAGUAUUAAUUUAAGUGAUGGUAGUUUUGGUAUUGAAAAUAGUGAAAUAAAUAUUGAAAAUGGUGAUAUUAUUAAUGAUAAUGGCGGUAUUAAUGAUCAUGAUAAUGAUGGAAUUUCAAAUAGUAAUUUAAAUAUUGAUCAAAAUAAUAAUAAGAAUAAUAAUAAUAAUAAUAAUAAUGAUAAUAGUAGAAAGAAAAAGAAAAAAGAUAAUAAAAUUAGUGAUAAAGAUGAUUUUAUAAUAGAAAUAACAACAAUUGGUUAUAAUUUAAAUGAUAAUAUCGAAAAUUAUAGUACAAUAGAUUCAAAUAAAAAUUUACAUAAAAAUAAUAAUAAUAAUAAUGAUGAUAAUGAUGAUGAUGAAGAUGAUGAUAUUGGUAUAGUUAAUGAUGAUGAUACAAUUGAUAAUGAUGAGCAAAAUAUUAUUUUUAAAACAGAAAAUACUAGAAUAGACGAUUCACAAAUUGUUAAUGUUAAAGAUAUUGAUAUAUCUACAAGAAUAACAUCUGCUGAAUUUAAAACUGGUACCGAAAAUGUUUCAAUAUCAUCAAAAUUAUCAAAUGAUAGAAUAAAUAUGAAUAGUAAUAAUAAUAAUAGUAAUAACAGUAGCAUAAUUUUAAGUAAAACAUCAUCAACAUUAACAAAACUACCAAAUAAUAGAGCUACCAUAGAUAAUACAGGGAUAUUAAAAGGACCUUCUUUAAUAUUAGAUAGAUUUAAUUCAACAAAAAUAAAUUCAACAUUAUCGUCAUCAUCAACAUCUUUAUCGUUAUCAUCAAUUGUAUCGAUAUCUACAGAUGACGAUAAUUUAAAAUCUUCUUCUUCAUCAUCAACAUCGUUGUUAUCACCAUCAUCAUCAUCGUCAUCAUCAUCACCACCGUUAUUAUCAUCCUCUUCAUCAUCGUUUUUAUUAUCGCCAUCAUCACAAUCAGAUUCAUCAUUGUCAUCAACAAAUUUAUUGUUACUACAAAAAAAUAGUUAUGUACCUGCCAUACAAAAACAACUACAACAACAACAAAAUAUACCAAUUCAAGAUAACUUAAUUGCCUUAAAUGCUACUGCCACUAAUGGAAGAAUUGGAACAACUAAUGAUACAACAAUAAUAAAAACAGGAACAAAAAUAAAAUCAACAACAGUAAAAACAUAUUUAGGGAUGCAAAAUAAUAUUACAACAACAACAACAACAUCAAAUGGAAAUAGAUUAUUAUCAUCAUCUUUAACAUCAGUUAAUAAUGAUAAUAAAAAAUUAAGUAAUAAUUUUGAUGAUGAUAAUGAUAAUAAUAAUAAUGAUGAUGAUGAUGAUAAUAUUAUUAUGUCAAAUAAUAAAAAUAUUGGCAGCAGUAACAGUGGUAACAGUAAUGGUAGUAGAAAUAUAAAUAGUAGUACAACUAGUAACAGUAACAGUAAUAAUAAUAAUAAUAAUCGUGGUAUUAGUAAUGGUUCUAGUCAUAGUAACAGUCAUAAUGGUCAUAGUGGUGUUGUUAGCAGUUUUAGUGAAGCUAUAAGUAGUAAAUUAACAUUACCAAAACCACAAAAAACAGAUGCACCAAUGUUAAAUUAUAUUUUUGAUACAUAUUCAGCAGCAAAUAAACAUCAUCAUCAUGAUCAAAGAUAUGGACCACACUUUGAAGAUAAAAGAGAAGGAAAUAUUACAAAUAUAACAGUACAAGCUGGCAGUACUAUACAUUUAAAUUGUCGAAUAUCCUUAUUGCAAGAUAAAACGGUAUCUUGGGUAAAACGAAAUCAUAAUGGUGAUGAAGAAGCAUUAGAACUUUUAACUGUUGGUGCACAUACAUAUACCGGUGAUAGCCGUUUUACAAUUGAUUUUCAAUAUCCAAGUAAUUGGAGAUUAAAAAUAUCAAAUGUACGUAAAACAGAUGAAGGUCAAUAUGAAUGUCAAAUUUCAACACAUCCACCACGUGUCAUACAAAUUAGUUUACAUGUUAAUGCACCAAAAGUUAUGAUCGUCGAUGAAUAUGGUAUACCAUUACAAGAGAAAUAUUAUGAAAUCGAUUCAACAUUACAAUUAUCUUGUAUUGUACGUAAUGUUGUUAUGUCAACAUCAGCUGUAUUUUGGUCACAUGGUGAACAAAUAUUAAAUUAUGAUUUAAUAAGAGGUGGUGUAAGUGUUAAAACUGAAUUAAUGGAUGAUGGAGCUAAUUCAACACUUUUUAUUGCAAAAAUUAAUAAAUCUGAUUCUGGAAAUUAUACAUGCUCGAUUAAUCCAUUUCAUGAUUAUAGUAUUAUGGUUCACAUUUUGAAUGGAGAAAGUUUUGCUGAACUUCAUCAUGGUAACAGUUCUAGAUUAACGUCCACUAUUGGAAUCCUUUUAUAUAUAGUUUUAAUAAUACAAUUUAUAAUACAAUUUCAUCAACGAAAUAAAAUUUAUUUAGUUUUAAGGUAGAAAUAUGUUCAAAUUGUUAUAAAAUAAAAUAAAAAAAUAAAUAAUUAUAUAAAAUUAAUUAUUAUUAAUGUAUUCAUAAUAAAAAUAAAUGGAAAACGUAAAAUAAAAAAUUGGAAAAGUUAAAAAUUUAAAUUAAUUAGAAUAAAAUAAUAUUAAUGAUACUACAAUAGCGUUUAAGUUGUUUUAUAGGUGAACUUCAUUAUAUAAAAUAAUAAUAAUAUACAAAGGUAAGAUUGGGAAAUGUGAAUUAUAAUUAUUUUGAAAGUGUUAAUUAAAGUGUCAUGUUAUUAAUUCGAUAUUAGUUUAACCCAUAACUGCAAUGCAUUUUUUUUACUUGUACGUAAUGCGGGUUUAUAUUUUUUUAUGCUCACAAUAAUGUGCUAUUUUUCCAUGAUAUAAAAUUUUUUUUAUGUUACAAAUAAUGAUGUUAGAUAAAAUUAUGCAGGGCCGAGUAUGGUA